AUGUCCGAGUCAGUUGUCCAAUGUCUGAAAUUCUCAAACCUUGCUACAGAUUCAGUGUACUCACAAGACUUGCCUUGGAGGACUCCUAGUUCAUUCAACGACAGAAGGCCACUAGUGGUCCAAUUAAGCCAUUUUGAUUAUGGUGGCAUAGCGUAUGCUGUGCCUGAUGUUCAACGUGAUCAGCAUCAACCGCGUGUGUCAAAAAUGUACCGUUUCUCAUCCUCUAGUUUAGGCAGACUCAAGGAUACAGUUUCAAUGAAUCUAGGAGUGCAGAAUCCAACUCGAUUUGAAGUUGCCACAGCACUUAUACAUGAAUGUGGAAGGGCAGCGUCCAAGGCAAAUAAUUCAGGCAUAUUCAUACCAUCUCUAUCGUGCCAUCUAAUGAAUUUACAUCCACCAUUGCCCCUAAACACCAUUGGAAAUGAUGUUCAUUUCUUUAAUACAAGAGCAGCGACAGAAGAUGAGAUACAAGUGCCCCACUUCGUUGCUCAGCUAUGCAAGGCUAAACAACAUCCUCGAUAUCAGCUAGCCUCACGUUCACUUAUGGAAAUCAUAUUAGAGCCAGCAGCUUGUGCCAUUAGGCUAUAUUAG